CUACUGUCUCUCAAGUCCGAACUCCGAAUUACAAUCUUCAUUCUUCAGUUCUGUCGAAUCAAUAUGGCCGACUUUUACCGGUCGGUUUAUGUGUUUUGAUAAUUAAAUAAUUUGAAAGUUUCUAUCCUUUGUAUAAUAAAAGGUUGUGUUCAUAUUUUAUAAAUAAUCUCAGUCGCUAGUAAAGAAGAAUUAAACAUGGAAGCGCUUAUUCCUGUUAUCAAUAAGCUGCAAGAUGUUUUUAAUACCGUUGGAGCCGAUGCCAUCCAAUUGCCUCAAAUAAUCGUAUUGGGAACUCAGAGCUCUGGCAAAAGUUCCGUGAUAGAAAGUUUGGUGGGUCGGUCUUUCCUACCACGGGGUCCCGGUAUUGUAACUCGCCGACCCCUCAUCCUGCAACUGGUGUACAGCCCCAAAGACAGUAAGGAGCAUCGGUCCGCUGAAGAAGUAUAUAAGAGGCAGGAGGAUGGGAAUGAUUCCUGGAAUCCAUUAGCUCAGCUAACACAAAACAUAUUCUCAAAAGGUACAGUAAAUCUUGAUGAAUGGGGCAAAUUCUUGCAUACGAAAGACAAGAUCUAUUCAGAUUUUGAUGAAAUAAGAAAGGAAAUUGAGAGAGAAACCGACCGUAUGGCUGGCAGUAACAAAGGAAUAUGUCCCGAGGCCAUCAACCUGAAAAUAUACUCCACCCGAGUGGUCAAUCUGACACUCGUAGACUUACCUGGCAUUACUAAAGUGCCUAUCGGUGACCAACCGGAAGAUAUAGAAAAUCAAAUCAGAAACUUAAUAGUCAAAUAUAUAGCAAACCCGAACUCUAUAAUCUUAGCUGUGACGGCCGCUAACACGGACAUGGCCACCAGCGAAGCCAUCAAACUAGCGAAGGACGUCGACCCCGAUGGAAGGAGGACGCUCGCUGUGGUCACCAAACUUGAUUUAAUGGACGCAGGCACGGACGCGAUAGACAUCCUGUGCGGGCGCGUGAUCCCCGUCAAGCUGGGUAUCAUCGGCGUGGUGAACAGGUCGCAGCAGGACAUCAUCGACAGGAAGUCCAUAACGGACUCGUUGAAGGACGAGGCGACGUACCUGCAGAGGAAGUAUCCCACCAUAGCCUCCAGGAACGGAACGCCCUACCUCGCUAAGACCCUCAACAGACUGCUCAUGCAUCAUAUACGGGAUUGUCUCCCGGAGUUGAAGGUCCGCGUGAACGUGAUGAUAUCCCAGUUCCAGUCUCUACUGAACUCGUACGGCGAGGACGUGUCCGAUAAGUCUCAGACUCUACUGCAGAUUAUUACCAAGUUCGCGAGCGCGUACUGCUCUACCAUAGAGGGCACGGCCAGGAACAUAGAGACCACGGAACUAUGCGGCGGAGCCAGGAUUUGCUAUAUAUUCCACGAGACGUUCGGGCGGACGCUGGACUCCAUACAUCCACUAGUCGGUCUGAGUCGCAUGGACAUCCUGACGGCCAUCCGCAACGCGACGGGCCCGCGACCCGCGCUCUUCGUGCCGGAGGUGUCCUUCGAGCUGUUGGUGAAGAGGCAGAUCAGGCGGCUGGAGGACCCCUCGCAGAGAUGCGUUGAAUUGGUCCACGAGGAGAUGCAGCGCAUCGUCCAGCACUGCGGUACAGAAGUACAGCAGGAGAUGCAGCGCUUCCCUCGUCUCCACCAGAGGAUUGUAGACGUCGUCACACAACUCCUGAGAACUCGUCUGCCCGCUACCAACUCUAUGGUUGAGAAUCUGGUGGCCAUAGAGCUGGCGUACAUCAAUACUAAACAUCCGGACUUCCACCGCGAGGCGGCGCUAGUGUCGGGCCUCCUGAAGAGUACCGACGGCAUCGUGGAAGACCACAGCCCCAUGUUCAGACAGAAACCUCGGCCCGCCUCUACGGUAGCUACUAUCAUUAAAUUGUUACUUCGCCAAAUGGGUGAGAGAGGGUCCGUGUUGGUACUGUUGGCAAAAAUAUUCGAGCACGUGCCGGCUAUAACAGACGGCCAGGACAGAUCGCCGCCGCAGAACAACUUCGACUCUGCGCCUCAGGUGAACGGCAGCCCGGAGAAUAAGGCUUUGACACCUCAGAAGCCUGUCAACCUGCUGCCGGAAGUACCCAGCCAGACCUCCCGGAAACUGUCGGACCGAGAGCAGCAUGACUGCGACGUCAUCGGUGGGAGGGAGCAUGUGUACCAAAAGUCUAAUAAGGUAGUCGAUGGCAUCUGUAUGAUGCAGUUGAACCAUAUGGGUGACCUCGUGGAGCGUCUGAUCAAGUCGUACUUCUACAUCGUCCGUAAGUCCAUCAAGGACUCGGUUCCGAAGGCUGUGAUGCACUUCCUCGUGAACUACGUGAAGGACAACCUCCAGUCGGAGCUGGUCACUCACCUGUACAAGUCGGACCAGGCCGAGAGUCUGCUCAACGAGUCCGAGCACAUCGCGCAGAGGAGGAGGGAGGCCGCCGACAUGCUCAAGGCGCUCCAGCGAGCCGGGCAGAUCAUCAGCGAGAUACGCGAGACGCACAUGUGGUGAUCCGCCGUCUAGUCCCUAGUCCUAGUGAAGUGAACUGUGAACCGACUGCAGUGCGAGUUAACACCUGGAGAAACUUUGUCAUGAUAUGUAUCUCAUGGGAGACGUCUGAUGCUUGUGAAUGUCACACGGGGUUUCCUGUACGGGACGCUCGACGGCUCCGUCCCUCCCCGCACGCCGCCCGCCCGCCGCCCGCACGCCGCUCCUCAUGACAAUCCGGCUCUGAAACUAUGAAUUUGUUACCAAAUACUCGGAGCCAAAGCGUCGGUCGCGGACGCCUUGUUACUAGCACGGCGCGUGUAAUCGGCGGAAGCUGUUUCUGUUGUCGAGAACCGAAUUUGUAUCGUUUUUUUUAUUAUUUCAUAGUCUCAGUUACCAUUUCACUUGUUAGAUAUUUUAUUAAGUCCUAGAUACGAUGUACGGGUGAGGUUUGUGGAGGUGAUUGUGAUUCAAAGAUUUAUCUUAAGAUAUAUCUGCAUAGAUUCACGAUUUGUCCGGUGACACGUGGAAUAAUUUUAAAUUACCCCGUUUUGAUUAUCCAACAUAACGAAAGUAUGGACAAAAAUAUAUGUAUGCAAUUAAUUUAUAUUACUGUUUGAAAUCUGUUUCCUGAUAUACAUAUUAGCAAUUUUAAUCAAAUCUGUACAGAUCUCACCUCACUAUAGUCUAGCAUCAGUGAUAUUGUAUAUAAAGUGCUGUAAGUGUCGCGUGUUGGUGUUUUAAAGGGCUGGUAGUUAUUUUAAUGUAGCUUGUUUGUAUCACUAUCUAUUGGCUCUUGGUUUUUACUAUGCGUCGGGGAUAGCGCGCGUCCUCGUAACCAGCAUGGUAUGAUUCCGCGUAUCUGCUUUAUAUGUAAAGCAGUUUUACAGAGGAAGUUAUAAAAUAAAGAAUAUUCUUAAUUUAAUUUGGGAUAAUUUUUUCACAGCGAGUAAUUAUUUAAUGUUAAACUUAUAACUCGAUGUGAAAAAGUGACCUUGGAAGUCGUUCAUUUAGAAAAUAUUAGUCUAAACCUCAUUCCGUCACCCCGCUCCCGGCGCUAGUCGCGCGGGUUGGCGCCGUCCCCGACGUGUCUAUAUUUUUGCAUCGUCUUAUAGAUAGUUCCUGCAUCCCGUAGUCGCAUGUAUCAUGAGAGUUGAGUGGCGCUUCACGGUGUCUAGGAAAGGGUUUAGUCACAACUUGUAAUGAAAUGUCGUGUCCCGCUCCUAGAGAAUGUAUUUAUUGUUGUAGUCCGAUGUGUGAAACUAAUUGAAUGUUGAAAGAGAUGUAUUGGAGUCUGUUAAAAUUAUAGAAUAUUGAGAUGUGG